UUAUAAGUCCCAGCACUGGAAGUGAGGUCACAGGUGCCUUUCUGGAGCAGCACGGUAGGAGGUGUGUUGGACACUUACUUACCUGAAGAUGGAGGCCUUGUUGCAGGAGUUGCUGUCGGCGGCAAGGAGAAAUGGCGAAGGUUGGAUCCGGCAGCAGUUGUCCACGGCUGGGGAGGCAGCCACAACAGGUCCGGUGGUGGAGGCGGCAGUCGGGAGCGGAAGACGGCCGGCCAGGAGGUCGAGGCCACCGGAACGCUUGAGCCCGGAGGUCGGCAGGAGGAGAUCCGGUCGGGAGAGGAGCCAGCCAGCAGGCCCACAGGAACAGGCGAGGUCGGAGACCGGCAGAGGCCAACGGACUGGAGCGGGAGCUGAGGCCCGGCCGAGGGCGGCGCCGGGGUCUGACGUCAUCACGGCACGUCAGCGGGCGGAAACAGGGACAUCGAGAGGUCGCGGCAGAGCAGGACGGACCGGGAGAAGCGCUCGGGAGUCAGGGGUGACCAGGGGAGAGCUGAGAGUGGAGGCUCAGGACGCCUCUGGAAGAGGCACUCCAACGCAGCAGGACCGGUUUACGGAGCCACCGCUUGAGCUCAACGCCAGUGGUGACUUUCCAGAUGAAGAGGAGGAUCCCUUGGAAGGCACUUCAGCAGGACCGGUAACGGCGAGUCAGGAGCCAGUAGCAGGAGGUAGGACCGGGAGAAGAGACACGCGGCCGGACAGGACGGCGACCUCGGGAGUACGCAGGAGGUCUAGGUCGCCGCGGAGGAGGACAAGAGGAGGAGGAUCACCAGCAUCACCCACCUGGGCUCGGGUGGACAGGAGCCGCGACCGGAGCAGGUACGGCAGGGGGAGGUCACCUGCCCGAAGGGAAGCGGUACGGAGGAGGCUGGACGUGAGCCGAGGAAGGGAAGAAGUAGACAGGGACAGAGGCCGCGGGGAGGAAGCAAGGCCAGUACGCGAGGAGGGCGCAGGAACGGUGCAGCAGCCAGCAGGUGAGGUGGCUGGUGGGGCACCAUGUGUGAAUGUGGCUGUGCCUGGUGAGAGGGAAGCUAUGGUUUCAGGUUUGAGAGCUUUACUUGCGUCGUUGGAAAACCCGGGUAGGGGGACUUCGGUGGCGGCAGCGUGGACCACGCCAGGGCUUACCCCGGCUGUGGGGGGGCCGCAAGUAGCGGCGGCAAGCUUGGAAACCCCUGCGAGCAAUGGGGGAGAGGUGGUUAGGGUGCCAGAAAGCGCAUUACGGAGACCAUGUCUCUGUUCAGUUGGCCCUUUAGGGAUUCACUUAACCGGUGAAUUGAGAGAAAAGAUUGGAAAACGGGAAUUUAUAGAGAUUUUCUCCCUGUUACCCCUGGAGCAUGUUCUAGAGGUUAAGGAGGAUGAGAAAGAAAAAGGGAAAAAGGAGGAGGAGGAGCGUAAGAAGCGUUGGCGUAAACUGCCAAAGACAUUUAUUAAUUGGUCGCGUGCCUUCCGCAUCUUGGCGAGUGUCAUAUGCGAGAAGACCCCAGAUCAGGGGGCUUCCUUGUUUUGUUAUUAUGACGAAAUCUCCAGUGCAUACGGGACCUACGGGGGAAUGGCGUGGUGGCGGUACGACGAGGGCUUUAGGCAGCGGUUGGCGGUUCGGCCGGAGAUGCGGUGGGACGACAGAGAUAUGAGCAUUUGGCUCGAGAUGAUGACCCCCUUGAGGGGUGGACAUUCCUUUCGGGGCCCUGGGCAAACGCCCGGGGGCGGGGUCCCUGGGGGGUCUGGACCUGCCCUUAGAAAAGGAGUAUGUUUCCAGUUCAACGACGGGCAAUGUAAGUUUGGGGCCUCGUGCAAAUACAAGCACGAGUGUUCCGGUUGCGGGGGUGUGCACCCUUUCGCAAAAUGCUUCAAGAAGGGUAAGCAAGGGUCCCGGUCGGGGGAUGUGGGUUCAUCGGGCGCGGACGCCGGUGAGGGUCGAAAAGAUGGCCCCAUGGUUAGAGGCUUACGCCAAUAA